AUGCCGCGAGGUCAGUGCCCUCGCCGCGGCCCCGUCGGCGAUGCUGACACCGUUGGGCUGGCCAAGGCGCUCGACGCAUACGUCGAGGCCAACGUGGACGAGAAUGAGGACGGCUGCGUCCUGCGGCUCUUCGACCUUGGCGAGUACAUGCAGAGGGCGGGCGCUGUGAGCAAUAAGAACCCCCCGAAGCUCCGCACCCUCGCCAAGAGCGCCGAGGUGCUCAAGAUGCUCGCGAGGUUCAGCGCCAGAGGCGACGGCAACGUGAAGCACGACGAGCCGAGGAAGGUGUUCGCUGGUGUGCUAUCGGGUCGCAGCUCGGCGACGUACUUCAGGCAGGGUGUUCAGCAGACGGCGGACAUGUUGAGCAACAAGUAUCGUUUGAUGAUUUCGGACGUGGCAGCGGCUUUAAACAGGAAGAACGCGUUUAAGGGCCUCUUCGGUGUCUUGCCAGAUCGCGUCAAGUCGUCCCUCACAGCGUUGCUGAGCGAGAUGGCUACGAUCCGUGACUUGCGGCACCAGGCGAUCACGGACGGCUUGGAGGAGGACUACGACUUAGGCGGCGACUCCUUCGGCGGCGACGAGGCGUGGGGCGCCGGCCAGGCCCAGGGGGUGCCCGACGACAAGGGCGAGGGCGCCGUGGCGGUGACAGACGACACGGAGGCGGCGCCCAGGGGGGGACAGGGCAGGAGCUUGGACCAGGCGGCUCAGGCGGGCCCGAUCGGCGACGAGGACAACGGCGGCAUGCAGGGCGUCGGCGGCGCGCACUUUGCGUUCGAUGUGGCAGCGGGGUUCGACUUCUUGCGGGUGCUGCGGUGCUCGGGCACGGUGUCCAAUCUAGCAGCUGAGAUUGGUUUUGCCCCUCGCGGGGUCAAGAAGGCAAUGAAGACUGCCAAGGCCGUGACGGCGACGAUCCCCACGAAGGCGGUGACCCCCAUGAAGAUGGCGACGGCCCCCAUGAAGGCGGCGACCCCCAUGAAGGGGGCUCCUGACAAGUCGUGGUGGCAGGAGCCUCUGACGAAGGCUCGCAUCGUGAAUGCGACCUCGCCCAAGCGGACAUACAUCGUCGGCGCCACCAAGAAGGAGAGCAAGACGCGGUUGGUCGCGGAGAUCACCGAGAAGCAGAGCAAGGCGCACUCGAAGCUGAUUCACCGCAUCGCGGCGCAGGCCGAGAAGCUCUAG